CUAUCAUUUACUCUGUGGACUGGUCUUUCAGGCUGUGUGAGGAGAAGGAAGCUCUGACACACUUUGUUACAUGUUAAAACUAUCAACAUGAUCCCUGUGCUGGUGGCUGUUUCUGUGUUGGCAGUGACGGUGCUGUACUUCCUCCUGCGAGGCUCUGCAGGAGAGAAGAAGAAGACGCAGCCUGUCACUCUGCAGGACCCUGCGGUCAAAUAUCCUCUCCAGCUAAUAGAAAAACAGGAAAUCAGCCAUGACACAAAGAAAUUUCGGUUUGGCCUUCCCUCUUCAGCUCAUAUCCUUGGACUGCCAGUAGGUCAGCAUGUGUACCUGUCAGCCAAGGUGAAUGGCAGUCUGGUGGUCAGAGCCUACACGCCAGUCUCCAGUGAUGAGGACCAGGGAUAUGUCGACCUUGUGGUAAAGGUGUACUAUAAGAACAGUCACCCCUCCUUCCCAGAUGGAGGGAAGAUGUCUCAGCACCUGGACAACAUGGCUGUUGGAGACACCAUUGACUUCAGGGGACCCAAUGGACUGCUGGUCUAUAAGGGGAAUGGUCAGUUUUCCAUCCGACCUGACAAGAAGUCAGAGCCGAAGGUUCAAAAGUUUAAGCACGUUGGCAUGAUCGCUGGUGGAACAGGUAUAACUCCUAUGCUGCAGUUAAUUCGCAGGAUCACAGAAGACCCCAAUGACAACACCAAGUGCUCUCUCAUAUUUGCUAAUCAGACUGAAAAAGAUAUUCUACUGAGGGAGGAGCUGGAGGAGGUGAAGAAGAACCAUCCUGACAAAGUUAAGGUCUGGUACACGCUGGACAAACCUCCACAGGACUGGCGCUACAGCUCAGGGUUUGUGACCUCCGACAUGAUCAAGGACCACCUCCCUGCUCCGUCCACUGAUGUCCUGGUUGUCCUGUGCGGUCCACCACCGAUGAUCCAGUAUGCCUGUCUGCCAAAUCUAGACAAGCUGGGACACAAAACAGAAAACAUCUUUGCAUACUAAUUUUGUGAUUUACUAUAAAACUGGUUUAUUCUCUGUAAUCAUCCAGUCACAAAACAAAACCAUAUCAAUGUAUGAACACUACUGAUGAUCUAAUACUAUCCAACAUCACAGGGGUAUUAUGUAUGCCUAAUGCUGAUAAGACUACUUUUGUCAUUUAAACAUGUGUGAUUUUCGAUGUCAUUGACACAUUGACACUUGGUGCAAACCUGUACCAUAAAAUGUGUAUGUAAUUGCCAUCAAAAUGACCCAGUAACAUAAAUGUUCAAGAGACUCAGGUGUACUAUACAGUAUCAAACUGCCUCUCUGUGCUUACCUUUUAUACAAGACAACUGUCACUUUUAAAAUGAAACUUUUUGGGCUAAAAUGUACAUUUCUGUGAAAUAAAGACAUAAAAACUGAA